CCCAGUUUCCAUGUGAAACAUCACUUCUCUGGGUGUUUUGUGUUUAUUCUCUAAAAUACAGAAGCUGAAAUGCUCUCAGUGAGGACCUUCCGAGUUAAAACUUCAUAACCUCUCAGUUACGUGUUCAGUCCCAACAAAAGGUGCUUGGUCCAGGGAGCGGUGACUGCGCCCAGAGCCUGUGCCUGCCCCGGGGAGGGAAGGAAGUGCCGUCUUUGGCCUCCUCCUUCCCGAGGGUCUCUGGCUGGGCGUUGUGGUCUCGACGCAGCACUCAGGGCCCUGCUUUUUGUGCUCCUUUUCCUCCACCUUUGUGCCUGCUGUGGGGCUGGUCCGCGGCUUCUAGGGCCUCUCCUUUCCAUUGCAUUUUUGUCGUGUCCUGGGCCACUUCUGACAGCUUCUUGUGCCCUGGAUGCUUCCGUCUCCAACUGGCCGCUCUCCUCCCCUCACACACCUGACUCCCAGAGGGCACAUGCUCUCCUGGCCACACAAACAACCGGGCCCCUGAUGGUCCAGUUGACAUCUGCCCAGUUGCUGCUGUUGGGCUGCACUCCAGGGCAGGGCCCCGCCACCCUACUCCACAGCCUGGGGGUUCCCUGCUUUACAGCUUGGGGAGGGUCCCCACUCCACAGCCUGGGGGUCUCCACUCCGCAGCCUGGGGGGUCCCCACUCUGCAGCCUGGGGGGGGGGGUCCCCGUUCCACAGCCUGGGGGUUCCCAGUGCACAGCCUGGUGGGGUUCUGUGCAUGUACAUUUCUCACCUGGUGUGGGUCCUCAUGGGUAGCCAUCCCAUCUUACAUCCAUCCCGCCCACUGACCACACCAGAGCUAUCCCGGCAGCCUGGCUGACUGCUCUCAGUUCACUGAACCGCAGAUACUGGGUCUGCACAACCAGCCCCGAUCCUUGUGGGUGUGCCACCCGCACCCAAGAGCCCUGCCCUUGCAGCCACUCCUGAACAGUCCUUACCCAUCUCUCUUCCGUCCAUAGCACUUCACCCUUGGACCUCUGGUUGCUUUUCCCCUUGGCCCUUCUCCCCCAGGCUUGUGUCUGAUGACCUGGGAACCCUCCCUGCCCCAGUGGGAGCAGUGCCUGCUGGGCCAGCACAGGCCUUCCCUCCAGUCCCAGCACAGCAGGUGUUGGGCAUGAUUCCCAGGCUGUGUGUGAGCUGCCACCAGCCUGCAGCCAACGACUGUAACUGGGUGACCACAGCCACCAGAAAGUGCAGCUUGCCCCAACACCGGACAGACUUCCCAGAGUGGGUCUGGGGUACAGCCAGGGGCCGCCAGCCAUAGGGAGGGUGUUCACCGCCUUGCCCAGGCGCCCCUCCCAGCUUCAGAGCCCUGCUUCCUUCCCACUCUUGCUCCUGCUCUACCUCCAUCAGGCAGUAUCUGGCUUAUCCUGAGCAGCACUGGGCACAUUGGAGGAACCGUCUUGAGAAGGCCCAAGAUCCAAGGCUUGGUUGGUUUCUGAUGUCAGCUGACCAGUAGGCAAGGGGCUGUCCCAUGAGGGAAAACACUGCCGCAGGAUCCAUACUUGGGGCAAAUCUUACUUCACCUUUUAUUUCAUUUCCUCCAUGAUUGAUGGAAUGAAGCCAGAGUUCCAGACUCUUUGCUGUAUGCUUGAGGACGGUGCACAGAGUGGCCUGUCCGAUGAGCGUUCCUUUUGCCAAAACACAGAUGUGCUGCCCAGCGGGGGCGUGGUGGGCACCUGCAGUGCCAUCCGCAGGAGAACUUACGUAAGAAAUAGAUUCCUUCUGACCACAUGGGCACAGGGAGUUCCCAGGGACUGGAGACACUCGACAAACAAAUGCAGGUAGUAGCUUUGUGGAGGUCUUGAACCUUAAAAAAAACCAAGGAAGGAGAAGGAAGGAAAUGGUUACAAAGAGUAUUCUAGGGACAACUGGGGGCUUUGAUUAUGGGCUGCGUGAUAGAGUGUAGUCUCCCGAGUGAUGACAGGGUUGUGGCUUGCAGGACUAGAGGUGCUCGCUAAAGUGUGCAGAGGGAAAGUGCCUUCUGGUAUAAAGAACCCUCAGGUUGGCCAGGCGUAGUGGCUCACGCCUGAAAUCCCAGCACUUUGGGAGGCCGAGGAGGGUGGAUCACAAGGUCAAGAGUUCGAAACCAGCAUGACCAACAUGAUGAAACCCGGUCUCUGCUAAAAAUACAAAAAUUAGCUGGGUGUGGUGGUGCAUGCCUGUAAUCCCAGCUACUUGGGAGGCUGAGGCAGGAGAAUCGCUUGAACCUGAGAGGCGGAGGUUGCAGUGAACCAAGAUCCCUCCACUGUGCUCCAGCCUGGGUGACAGAGGAAGACUUUGUCUAGGGGAAAGAAAAAAAAAAAAAACAACCCUCAGGUGGUUCUGCCGAGGGAAGGGCAAGAAGCAGGCAUGGGCCUGGGCCAUGUCUGUACUCAGUAGCAUGUGUGCUAGCGCCCCUCCAGCCUCAUCCUCCCGGGCAGCAGGUGCGUGGACAGCGGAAUCGAAAUGUGUCAUGAGCUUAUGCAGCACGCUUGGUGCCAUUUACAGUCGUGCCAUCUGCCACUCUGAGAACCAAAUGAAGAGGGAGCCUGGCAUGGGUCCCCAGCUCCUCCAGGCCGCGUGUUGGGCAUGUUGGCCAGAAGGCGGCAUGGCUGAAUGUCGGCUGUCAUCCUCUGCUGUACUCCCGCAGUGGAGGGGCUCUGAGAUGACUGACUGUGGGCCUAGGCGGUGGGCCUGUCAGCAGGAUGGCAAGAUUGAUUGUCCUUUUUCUUAAGGAAGCUAGUGUUGAGGUAGCUCACCUGGCUACCAGCUUGUCUGGAAAAGACUGGGCAGGUGGCAAAAGAAAAGGUGAGCUCAGGUGUGGGCGCUGAUGGAGAAUUUGCCCGUGUAGCCAAGGAUUUUGGCAAAUGGCAGGUGAAGGCAGUGCUGACUCCUGGACCGAGUGCUGGGUGAGGCCGCAGCGAGAGUGGGAGCCUGCGCUAAGGGACCUGGCCGUUCUCACCUGACUCUCUGGGCCCCAGCCUCACCUGUCGUAUUGUCAUCCUCCAGAGAGGUGUGAGACACGGAGAAAAGGUUUGGAACAGCAUGGUACCAGCAAGGAAAGAUUUCUGUCUGCACCCAUGGAGAGAUCUGAGGCAGAACGGCUGCUGAAUAGUGUGUUCAUUGGUUCUAGAAAUGUCUGGGUGCCUGUGUGUGCCUGGCACAGGAAUGGGUGCUCGUUAUGCAGCGGUGACAGCUGUGGUGUGGCAGCUGAUGCAUGUCCAUUGAACAGGUCACCUUAGCAUGUGGUGUAGACAUGUACAGUAACUGGGGAUGAAAGUUAUUGUGAAACUGACGUGGCAGGUGGGUGCAGACAUGGCAACUGGCAGGAAGGGAACCUGCCUGGGGCGUUUAGGGAAGCGAUCAGGGGCCACACAAAGAGUUGGGGAAUCACCUGGCCCAGGGAAAGGAAGGUGGGAAGGAGGAACUGGGUCAUGGAAGCCUCAGGAGGGGAGGGGAGAGGAAGAGUGCAGAGCUGAGGCUGGAGGGCUGGGCCAGGCCCGGCUCUGAGCACAGGAGGGUUUGCAGCAGGAGAGCCCCUCGUUCUGGGUAAAACUAUGCCUCUCGUUCCCUGUGGAGAAGAGAUGGGGACGCUGUUGGAGGUGGUGUGGUGUGGUGUGUACAUUCUUUUUCUUUCUUUCGUUUUCUAAAUAGAGGCGGGGUUUCGCCAUGUUGCCCAGGCUGAUCUCAAACUCCUGGGCUCAAGUGAUCCUCCCGUCUUGGCCUCCCAAAGCACUGAUAUUACAGGCAUGAUCCUUCACACCUGACCCAUUUUUUGCUUUAAUAUUUUUACUUUUGUUCUUUUUUUUUUGCUUUUUGUCAUACAGUUAUAGAAGUUUGUUUUAAAACAUUUUAGUUUUUAGAGCAGUUUUAAGUUUACAGAAAAACUGUGUACAGAGCUACGCCCCUCCCCUGCCCCACACGAUUUCCCCCGUUAUUAACACUUCGUUGGUUUAUUUUCUUUUGUUUUGUUUGAGAUGGAGUCUUGCUCUGUUGCCCAGGCUGGAGUGCACUGGCACGAUCUUGGCUCACUGCAACCUCUGUCUCCCAGGUUUAAGCGAUUCUCGUGCCUCAGCUUCCCGACUAGCUGGGAUUACAGGCGCCCACCACCACGCCCGGCUAAUUUUUUAUAUUUUUAGUACAGACAGAGUUUCACCAUGUUAGCCAGGCUGGUCUUGAACUCUCGACCUCAGGUUAUCCUCCCACCUUGGCCUCCCAAAGUGCUGGGAUUACAGGUGUAAUUAACACUUUGCAUUCGUGUGGUCCUUUUAUCACAACUCAUGAGGUUUCCUUGACCCUUCUUCAUCACUCAGAGUCCAUAGUUUACUUACAGGCCCGCUCAGCGUUGUGCCUUCUGUGGUUUUGGACAGAUGGGUAAUGACAUGUGCCCACCCUUCUGGCAUCACACGGGGGCGGUUCACUGCCCUGAACAUCCUGUGCUCUGCCUGUUGCUUCCUGGUGCCCCCAGAAGCCACUGGUCUCACUCUCUCUAGCUUCACCCCAGCAGCCUCUGGUCUCCCGCUCUCUCUAGCUGCACCUUUCCCAGAGUGUCGUCGUCACAUUGGAAUCAUCCUGGGCUUAGUUUUGUAGAUUGGCCUCUUCACUUACAGUUCUAGAAGUUUUCACAAAUUCGUAGAGUUGUGUAGCUGCCACCACUGUCAAGAUAUGGAACGCUGCCAGCAACCCCCAAGUCCCCUUCUGUCCCUCCCCCACACCUUGCCCCAGGCACCCUUUGCGCCACUCUCCGUUCCCUGUAAUUUUGCCUUUUCCAGAAAGCCAUCUAAAGGGAAUCAUGGUGUGCAGCCUUCUGAGAUGGGCGUCCCCACUCUGCAGUAUGCCCUUGAGGCUCUUCCGUGUUGACUUGUGGAUCUGCAGCUUAUACUUUCACCUGCUGAGUCAUGUUCCACGGUGUUGACAUGCUGCACUCUGUUAUCCCUUCCAAGUGGAGGGACCCAGGGCUAUUUGCAGUGUUUUAGUGUUGAUGAAGAAGUGCCCAGGCUUUGCCUCCAGGUUUUUGUGUGAGCGUGGUUUUCGGUCCCCAGGAGGAGGAGGUGGGAGUGUGUGUUUGGCUUUACAUGGAGCUGCCAGACUCUUCCAAGAGAGUUGCAGUUGCUUCCCACACUCCCCAGCACUCAGCGUGUUCGGGGUGUUUGUCUUUCUAAAGGCACCCUAGUAGGUGUGGAGUGGCAUCAUCCUGUGGUUUUGAUGCGUUUCCCUGAUGACUCAUGACACCGAGUGUCUUUCUCGUGCUUAUUUGCUGUGUGUCUUUGGUGAAGUGCCUGUUCAUAUCUUGUGCCUGUUUUCUUCUUCUUAAGUUUAGAGAAUUCUUUGUAUAUUGUAGACACAAGUCUUCUGUUGGAUACUCCAUCUGCAAAUACUUUCUCCUAGACUGUGGCCUGUCUUUUUGUUCACUUACUGUCCUGCACAGAGUGAAAGUCCUUCGCUUUGAUGAAGUCAAGUCUGUCACUGUUUUCUUCUAUGGUUUAUGCUUUUAAUAUGACAUCUAAGAACUCUUUGCCUAACCCAAGGUCACAGAGAUGUGCCCCUGUGUUUUCUUCUAGAAGUUUUCUAGUUUUACAUUUAAAUCCAUGAUCUGCUUUGAAUUAACUUUUGUGUACCAUGUGAAGUUUAGGUGGAGCUUUGCUUUUUGUCUGUGGGUGUCAAGCUGUGCCAUCUGAAAGGACUGUCUCUCCUCCAUUGAGUGGCCUUUGCAUCCUUGUCAAACAUCAGUUGACUGUACCGUGUGGGUCCAUUCUGGACCUUCUGUUCUGUCAACUUUUGUGACCAUUCUUUGACCAGCAGACAUUCGUAUUUACGAACAAACGGGAAACCUGUCAAGGUGAGAGAUUGGGAAAAUGACUGAGGUGCCUGUGGGAGGCUACCCCUGGAUUUCAGCUCAAAAGCGAUUGGGGUAUUUGACUUGCUGUCGCCUCUACCUCUCAUGCAGACCUGUUUCAAUUAACUGUGAAUCUUCUUUUGGUUUUAGAAUUGUAAAAUUAAAUUAAAGACUAAAUGAAUUGAGUAAAGCUCUAAACUAAAGUGAAAGCUUACUACGUUGUUCACAGACCCAGAGGCAUAAGUUUAUCACGUGCUUAUUCGAUUUAUCAAGUGGCUUUGCAGAGAAGAAAAUAAAUCUAUCAGAAACGAAAGCCAGGCUCCCAAGUACAUAGAGGAAUUACUCUGUUUUCGAUUCAGAAAUGCUAUUCUGUUCUGCAAUGAUAUUUCUAUUCUGAAAUGCUAUUCACCUAGGCGUGGUGGCUCACGUUUGUAAUCCCAGCACUUUGGGAGGCCGAGGUGGGUGGAUCACUUGAGGCCAGGAGUUCGAGACCAGCCUGGCCAACAUGGUGAAAUCCCGUCUGUAUUAAAAAUACAAAAUUAGCCGGGUGUAUGUUGGUGUAUGCCUGUAGUCCCACCUACUCGGGAGGCUGAGGCAUGAGAAUCGCCUAAGGCCCUGGAUUGGGAGGCAGAGGUUUUAGUGAGCUGAGAUGGCACCACUGCACUCCAGCCUGGGCGACAGAGUGAGACUCUGCCUUAAAAAAAAAAAAAAAAAAAAAAAAAGCUACUCAUGGAGGGGUGUAAAUAGAGCCUCUGUUUGAGGGCUCACUUAGAGGUCAGCUUGUGAUUCUUCUAUAGACAGCACCUCUUAUAGCCCUGUGCCGGGCCUAUCUGGGAAGUCUUAGCCUGUCUUACAGCUUCCAGGCUGGUGCGAGGAUGGGGAGGUAUGGAUCACGUCCCGGAACUGUGACCAGGCCUAAGCGUCACCCUGGCUUUCGCACUUGAACAUGGCUUUUCAUCGUGUUCGGUGCCGCAGCCUCAAGUCGGUCGUAGAACUUCCAUUUGAGAGAAAAAGACGGAGGACUGUAACCUCAGAAUGGUUCCAUAUGAAUGCAGAAGGGUGCACUUAGUUUGAUUGAAGGAAAAAAAAAAGGAAGUCACAAAAUAGCAGUUUAACGGAAAAUGUGAUUAUUGAAAACACAGGUGCCACAUGACACAGCUCCGCCAGCUGUUUGAAUCUUGCCUACUACUGUUGUUUUGGGGCAGAUGGAAUAAAAAAUGGGCCACCACUGUGCGUUACAAAGGGCGGAACCUGCGGAUCAAAGCGCCCAUGUGCCGCGCCCUGAAGAAGCUGUGCGAUCCGGAUGGCUUGAGUGAUGAAGAGGACCAGAAGCCAGUGCGCCUGCCUCUGAAAGUCCCUAUAGAGCUACAGCCGCGGAACAACCACGCCUGGGCCCGCGUGCAGAGCCUUGCCCAGAACCCACGCCUCAGGAUGAUCGUGGAGCUACAUCGAAAGGUCUCCAGCCUCAUCGAAUUCUUGAAGCAGAAGUGGGCGCUCCAUGAGGUGCGAGUUCGGAAGACACUCGAGGAGCGGCAGCUGCAGGACUCAUGCUCCGCACCAAUGCAGGAGAAGGUGACACUGCACUUGUUCCCAGGCGAGAACUGUACACUGACACCGCUGCCGGGCGUGGCUCGCGUGGUGCACUCCAAGGCCUUCUGCACAGUGCACUGGCAGGAGGGCGGCCGGUGCAAGCAGAGUGCCAAGGACGCCCACGUGCUGCCCCCAGCCCAGAUCCUGGGCAUCCAGAGUGGGCAGGGCACGGCCCGGGGCCAGGUGAAAUGCCCGCGGAGCGGAGCUGAGGGCAAGGGUGUGGGGCGGCCCCCUCCUGCGGCUGACGCCUCGCAGAGCUCCGGAGAGAGUUCCCCCGAAAGCGCCCCCGGGGAGGGGGCUGCCCUAAGCUUGAGCAGCCCGGAUGCUCCUGACAGGCCUCCUCCCAGGCACCAGGACACUGGGCCAUGUCUUCAGAAGACCCCUGCAGAAGGCAGGGACAGUCCCACCCGGGAGCCAGGGGCCUUGCCGUGUGCCUGUGGCCAGCUCCCAGACCUGGAGGACGAGCUCUCGCUUCUAGACCCCUUGCCCCGCUACCUAAAGUCCUGUCAGGACCUCAUUGUCCCCGAGCAGUGCCGCUGUGCGGACACACGGCCUGGGAGCGAGCAGCCCCCUCUGGGCGGGGCGGCCUCCCCAGAGGUGCUGGCUCCUGUCAGCAAGGAGGCUGCUGACCUUGCUCCCACUGGCCCAUCCCCGAGGCCCUGCCCCGGGCUCCUGCUGGAUGUUUGCACUAAAGACUUGGCAGAUGCACCUGCAGAGGAGUUCCAGGAGAAGGGGAGCCCCGCGGAGCCUCCGCCACCUCAGGGACAGCCUGCCGCCAGGCCCCCGAAGGAGGUCCCCGCCAGCCGGCUGGCUCAGCAGCUCCGUGAGGAGGGCUGGAACCUGCAGACCUCCGAAAGCCUCACGCUGGCCGAAGUCUACCUCAUGAUGGGCAAGCCCAGCAAGCUGCAGCUGGAGUACGACUGGCUGGGGCCCGGCCGCCAGGACCCCCGCCCCGGCUCCCCGCCCACCGCCCUCCACAAGCAGCGCCUCCUCAGCUGCCUCCUGAAGCUCAUUUCCACCGAGGUCAACCCCAAGCUGGCUCUGGAAGCAAACACCGUCUCUACAGCCUCAGUAAGGCCCGCCCAGGAGGAGCAGUCGAUGACGCCCCCAGGGAAGGUGGUGACCGUCAGCUCUCGCAGCCCCCGCUGCCCUCGGAACCAGGCCUCCCUCCGCAGCAGCAAGACCUUCCCGCCCAGCUCUGCACCCUGCUCCUCAGGUUUGAGAAACCCUCCAAGACCCCUCUUGGUGCCUGGUCCCUCCAGCACAGGAACCAAUGACUCAGAUGGAGGCCUUUUUGCUGUCCCGACAACCUUGCCACCCAACAGCCGACAUGGGAAGCUCUUCUCUCCCAGUAAAGAAGCAGAGCUGACUUUCCGCCAGCAUCUGAACUCCAUCAGCAUGCAGUCGGAUUUCUUCCUGCCAAAGCCCCGGAAGCUGCGGAACCGGCACCUGCGGAAGCCACUGGUGGUCCAGAGAACACUGCUCCCUAGACCAUCGGAAAACCAGUCCCACAACGUUUGUUCCUUCUCCAUCCUGUCUAACUCUUCCGUAACUGGGAGAGGUUCGUUCCGGCCCAUCCAGUCUUCUCUGACCAAAGCAGCUCUGUCUCGGCCGAUCGUGCCCAAGGUCCUUCCACCCCAGGCCACGAGUCACCUGGCCAGUGCUAUCGACUUAGCAGCUACAAGUGCCGGCAUCCUUUCCGGGAACCCCCUCCCUGCCUUGGACACCGAGGGCUUGUCUGGCAUCUCUCCACUGUCUUCAGACGAGGUGACGGGUGCCAUCUCGGGGCAGGACUCUACUGGAACUCACCAGGAUGGAGACACCCUCCCCACCGUGGGGGGCUCCGACCCAUUUGUCAGCAUCCCUUCGAGGCCUGAGCAGGAGCCAGUGGCAGACAGUUUCCAGCAGGGCUCAUCUGUUCUCUCCUUAUCUGAGCUGCCCAAGGCCCCUCUCCAGAAUGGCCUCUCCAUACCGCUGUCCUCGUCAGAGAGCUCCAGCACCCGGCUGUCUCCACCAGACGUCUCUGCUCUGCUCGACAUCUCCCUGCCCGGCCCGCCUGAGGAUGCGCUGUCACAGGGCGAGCCUGCCACACACAUUAGUGACUCCAUCAUUGAGAUCGCCAUCAGCUCCGGUCAGUACGGUGAAGGAGUCCCUCUUUCUCCAGCAAAACUGAAUGGCAGUGACAGUUCCAAGAGCCUUCCCUCCCCGUCCAGCAGCCCCCAGCCACACUGGAUCGCCUCUCCCACCCACGACCCCCAGUGGUACCCCAGUGACUCCACCGACUCCUCGCUCAGCAGCCUGUUUGCAAGCUUCAUCUCCCCAGAGAAGAGCCGGAAGAUGUUGCCGACUCCCAUUGGGACCAACAGUGGCACUUCCUUGCUUGGCCCCAGCUUGUUGGAUGGAAACUCGCGGGACUCAUUUGUGUCCAGGUCCCUGGCUGACGUUGCAGAGGUUGUGGAUUCCCAGCUGGUGUGCAUGAUGAACGAAAACAGCAUUGAUUACAUUUCUCGGUUCAAUGACCUGGCCCAAGAGCUGUCCAUCGCUGAGCCUGGCCGCCGAGAAGCUCUGUUUGAUGGUGGUGGAGGCGGCCCCACUGUCAGUGACCUGUCCCAGUGACCACACGUCCUGGUGGCGGAUGAAGCCCUCUUCGAGCUAGAGAAAAAUAGAUAAACCCAGCAGCCCCAGAAGAUGGUCUGAACAGAGGCAUCUCCGCACCCAAGACUGUGCAACGGGCAGGAACAUGGUCACAGAGCUGCUUCCCCACGAGCAGCAGGCAACGGCGUCCAAGGAGACUAGGAUGAGUUCUUGGCAAGAGCCAGCGUUAGAAAUCACUGUGGUACUAGAGCCGUUCUUCACCACGCCUGGGCCCAUGUUAGGGUCUGCAUAAUGAUCCCGUUUCAGCCUGUGCUCUGCCUCGAUUGUUGUGUUGGACAUUCCGGUGGCAUUUCUUUCUGAGACAAGGGAGUAUGUGUGCCUUGGUGUAGUUGCUUUGCACUAGGAGCUGUGAUCUCCCUCUCUGCAGGGAGGCCCCAGCCCCUGCUGCUUGCUUUCUGCCAAACCUGUGCUAUGCAUCAGCUGUGCCCUCUGUGGACUGUAACGGGCAGGACAGUUGGGUGUGGCCUGGGCUCAUGCCUGGUGGUGUCACAUCCCAAGGCAGCAAGAGCAUGGAUACCGAUCACAGGGCUGCUGCGGAGUCCUGGGGCCCUGGGCUGGUGCCUCCCCUCCCUAGAGGUUUUGUUCGUACUCUUAACAGGGAGUGGGGGCAGGAAGAGUCCUGUACUAUGCAGGUUGUGUGGACUUUACAUGGGACCCUGCUAAGCUGGUUGAAAAUGUUUUUCUUGUGUUUUAAGAAUUAGGAGACAUGGAAGAGGAAGAACAAAGGCCCCUCUGUAGUUGCUUUCCUUCCUGUGUCCCUUUGCAAGCUUCCAGGUGAUCUAAGGUGUCAUUUCUCCCUCCUGGGGUGACCCUUAGGCGCUAAUAUGAUUACAGCGAAGACUUUCCUGAUAAGUUCUCAAACUCGAUGUGUGACUGUUUGGCACUUGAGACAAACCUGCCUUUGCAGGGAAAGUGUCUCUCACGGGCAUUGGUGUGGGCGUGCCUGACAUACGUGUUCAGUCCCUUGCAUACCUUUGCCUUGAGACUUCUGUGUCUCCUUCCCAUUUGGGACACCCAGGCGAGGGCCCAGACAUCUGGAUGUGGUCAGACCUCACCAAAUAUAUGCCUUCGUGGUGGUCUCCCUCCUUGCGCCCUCUUUGGUGGCCAGCGUUCCUACUGCAGACGGCCCAACAUCCAGUCUUUCCCCAGGACAGAGCUAACAAGGGCCCCUUUGCCUUCUCAUCCUCAGGAGUUCCAGGCACAUGAGUCACCGUCCAGCCACAUCCAGUGUGGCCUGGAGCUGCUACAGAGGUGUUGGGCAGGCCAUGCCUGUGCCGCCAUCUCUCCCUUCCUGCCUCAUUUCAUCCCCCGCAGCAGCCGGGAUUGAUUGUGCUUUCCUAACCCCCUUGGACCUACUCUCCCUCCUCCCCACCAUUCCUCUUCCCCCACACGUGUGGCACGCAGCAGCCCUCAAGGCCAGCCCUGGCCCCUCCACUGCUUCUCUCCCCAUCCACAAUGGAGAAGGUGAAAAGAGGAGGGAAAGGCCUUUGGUGUGGACAAGCAUGUGGACGCCCUCCGUCCUGCAGUCUUGCCAGCCCACCACAGCCACUGUAGACCACAGGCAGGCCCUGCACUGCACCACUGGGAGGACGUGGAGAGGACAGUGAACUUCCAGGCAAGAGCUUCCUUCUUUUGUCUCAUGAGUUUUUCUUAGAGCUCUUGCCUGAGCUGGCUUCCCUCCUUCAGACAUUGACAUGAGAUCUUAAGCAAACAGUCCCAAACCUCUUAAGGGUGAAAAAAGAAACAUGCCACUUGAUUAGGAGAGAGACAGCAGUGUUUGAACUACAGCAUCUUUACACUAGCUUGUGUUUUGUGCUAAGUAUACCAGCUUCCAAAAUUAGCAUCUCAUUGAGCCAGAGAAGACAAGGAGAUCUCCCUCUGGGCAUCUGGCUUUGCUGCGUCUCUAGAGGGUUAGGAUACCAGGCCGAGUUCAGGCCACUGCUAGCUUUCUCAUACUCCCACAGGCUAGACCAGAGACGCCAAGUCCCAACAGCACUGAGCUGUGUGCACUGUGCCAGGGACAGGAGGGUUUGUGAACUGCCUGUCAGGGUACCUGUUACCCCCUGACAACUGAGGUGAAGUUUUGGAGGUCAGAGUCUGCUUUCGUAGGCUCUUUAGACAGCACCUACCACUUGGUUCUCCAGCGUAGACUCCUGGGAGCAGCCGACUGCAGCCAUUGCCAUCAGUGGGGAGAUGGGUUAGGGAGGAGGACGGGCUGACUCCUCUCCUGUAAUAAAGCUGACAGAGUUCUAGAGGAUUCUGCUUCUCUAGUAACUAGACAGGUGAUACGCAUUUGCUUGCCACAUUAAGGGAAAAUGGUGUCAUUUGUUGCAGAAAAACAAUGGAUACAUUUUCUUCUGGCCUAAAUGAAUAUUUAUGUGCAAACAUAGGCAACUGUUAAAGGCUGGAAUUUUCAAAAGAUCCAAACAGAGACUUCCUGCAUCUUCUGCCUUUCCAACAGAAGCGGUGAUCGUCUCAGUAUGAGCCUGUGGCUUCCUUUGUGCAUUUGAGCAUGCUGUAAUUAAGAUGAGAUCAGUUUCUUAGAAAAAGCUUUCCUGAAUCCCUCUGACGUUGUCUGGGAUCUUUCUGCUGAUUCGUCUUUUCUGGAGAUGGGGACAGAGCAUCUGUGGUCCAGGGAAGUUAGUCCUCUGGCCUCAAUUCUGUUGUGGAUGUGCAGUGAUGAGCGGGCAUUGCGUGCCUCGGGGGAUGCCUAGUUCGUGGCUUCCUGGCUGUUUUGUCCUUCUAUGUCUUGUAGCUGUAGGGUGCCAGCUCAGGGAGUGGGGUCUUGGCGGCGUUUCCACGGUUGGCCUCCUUGCUUUGCCGCACCUCCAGGUUCUGGGCAUGAGAGGCUGUGGCCUCAUUUCUGGUGGAUAACCUUUUUAGUUUAAUAGCAUCUUUAAUUAGAUCACAGCAUUGAAUUCAAAAUUUCUUCUGCAAAGAAAGUUGUGGGGCAUAAGACACCGGGAACGAGGGAGGAGGAAGACAGUUGUGUUUUCUCUUUAAACCUUGAGCUCUAGCCGAUGCAUUUGUCAGGAAAUACAGCACUUUGUCUUAAGAAAAGAAGGAAAGAGGCCGGGCGCAGUGGCUCACGCCUGUAAUCCCAGCACUUUGGGAGGCCGAGGCGGGCGGAUCACCUGAGGUGAGGAGUAUCAGACCACCCUGACCAACAUGGAGAGACCCUGUCUCUACUAAAAGUACAGAAUUAGCCGGGCGUGGUGGCGCAUGCCCAUAAUCCCAGCUACUGAGGAGACUUGAGGUAGGAGAAUCACUUGAACCUCAGCGGCGGAGGUUGCAGUGAGUCGAGAUCGCGCCAGUGCACUCCAGCCUGGGCAAGAAGAGCGAAACUGGGUCUCAAGUUAAAAAAAGAAAGCAAGGAAAGAGUAAUUUACAACGAAGGAAAAAAACCCACAGCACACCCUUCGCGGCUGUCAGCGCUCUCCUGAUGUCACAGUGGCUGCGUGUCCUUGGGGUGGGUGAAGUGUGGGGAGCCCAGCCCCUGGCCCUGCCUCCCGCGCCCCGCUCCCCUUCUCUCUCUUACUCGGUUAAGCCAUAGCGAGGCCUCCGCUCGUUUCAGAUGUGAAUUUGUUUUAUAGAUUAUAAAUAUGCAUAUACAGUGUAUGUAUAAAGCAGAAUGCCUGCCUUUCCUGGUUAUUUUUUGUACCAUAUUGUAAAUUAUAUUAUUUAUUCUUUACCAAUUUUGGGAAUAAAAGGUGUUUUGGUUAUUUAAUAUAAUAAGAGCUGUUAAACUUCUGUUUAAAUUUCCAGUUCAACUUGUAAAUGUUUUUAUUGUGCAUAAAUACAUACUAAUGUUGAUCUAA